AUGGCCGGCACCACCUCACCCAAUCCCGUGUUUUCCAGCCCAUGGGACUAUAACGAACAACCGCAGAACUACCUGCGCAUCCCGGGUCUUAUUUUUGACGCUGUUCCAGCACUGAUUCCGCGAGAGCACUCCGCGGCCCUCAGAUUCCUCCAGCCCUCCGACUUCGAACUCGACAUGUCGUUCGGCGAGUACUACACCCUCCUAGAGCCCCUCGACCGCGUAGCCAACAAGCUGGUCGACGUGUUCGACUACUGCAUCCAGGUCCUCAGACGCUCCACCGGGCCCGUUGCCCAGUGUGCUACCGGCUCAUCUACCGGGCAAUCAAUCUCGGCCCCCUCUGUGCUCUGGGACGGCUUCUUUGACCAAGUGCUCGACAUGCUGGGCCAUACGGCCGAGAAAGUCGGCAUGUGCUCGCUUGACGUGAUGUGGAUCGUGUACCUCUACACGCGCGCGUGGGAGAACACGAGCAAGUCGUACAUGGCCAGCGAGAGGGGGUACUGGCGCAGAGCGAAUAUCCACCACCUCCAUGACCUGCUCGGGGAGUGGUAUGUAAUGUUGAGACGCAAGGGGCUGGCGGGUAAUGUCAUUUUUGGUGAGCUGUUUGGGAUUGGACGGUAA